CUGCAGGGCUGUAAUACCUACUCUCCUCCGAUCCAUUCACCACACAACUUCAGCUGGCUGAACAGACUCACUCGGCUCCAGCACAUCUUGCUAACCUAAUUCAGAAAACAAGUGCUACAGCUCUGUGCCUGUCGUCUUCGCUCAGUGUAGCAUUUUCAGAGACGGUAAAGAACAGGUCCAAGAAAAGCUCAAAGAAAGCAAAUAACAGCAGCGGCACUAGCAGUAGCAGCAGCAAGUUGCCCCCAGUUUGUUAUGAAAUAAUUACCUUGAAGACUAAAAAAAAGAAGAAGAUGGCUGCUGAUAUAUUUCCCCGGAAAAAACCAGCCAACUCCAGCAGCACCACUGUCCAGCAGUACCACCAGCAGAAUCUCAGCAACAACAACCUGAUCCCGGCCCCCAACUGGCAGGGUCUCUAUCCCACCAUUAGAGAAAGAAAUGCGGUGAUGUUCAAUAAUGAUUUGAUGGCAGAUGUACAUUUUGUGGUUGGGCCACCAGGUGGGACUCAGCGGUUGCCAGGACACAAAUAUGUCUUAGCUGUUGGGAGCUCUGUGUUCCAUGCAAUGUUUUACGGAGAACUUGCCGAGGACAAAGAUGAAAUCCGUAUACCAGAUGUCGAACCUGCUGCUUUUCUCGCCAUGCUGAAAUAUAUCUAUUGUGAUGAAAUUGACUUGGCUGCUGACACAGUGUUGGCUACACUGUAUGCUGCCAAAAAGUACAUUGUCCCUCACCUUGCCAGAGCCUGUGUUAAUUUCCUGGAGACAAGCCUGAGCGCCAAGAAUGCCUGUGUGCUCCUCUCCCAGAGCUGUCUGUUCGAGGAGCCUGAUCUGACCCAGCGUUGCUGGGAGGUAAUCGAUGCCCAGGCUGAGUUAGCUCUCAAGUCUGAGGGAUUCUGUGAUAUCGACUUCCAGACACUAGAAAGUAUCCUCCGCAGGGAAACUCUGAAUGCCAAAGAAAUCGUGGUUUUUGAGGCAGCUCUCAACUGGGCUGAAGUAGAAUGCCAGCGACAAGAUCUAGCCUUGAGCAUUGAAAAUAAACGUAAGGUCCUAGGAAAGGCACUGUACUUGAUCCGCAUACCCACAAUGGCCCUUGAUGACUUUGCAAAUGGUGCUGCCCAGUCCGGAGUAUUAACUCUCAAUGAGACCAAUGACAUCUUCCUCUGGUACACUGCGGCCAAAAAGCCAGAGUUGCAGUUUGUGAGUAAAGCCCGCAAGGGCCUUGUCCCCCAGCGCUGUCACCGUUUCCAGUCUUGUGCCUAUAGGAGCAACCAGUGGCGCUAUCGGGGUCGCUGUGACAGCAUCCAGUUUGCUGUUGAUAAAAGAGUGUUUAUUGCAGGCUUUGGGCUGUAUGGCUCCAGCUGUGGUUCUGCAGAAUACAGUGCCAAGAUUGAACUCAAGCGGCAGGGUGUUGUCCUGGGGCAGAACUUGAGCAAGUACUUCUCAGAUGGAUCCAGCAAUACCUUCCCUGUGUGGUUUGAGUAUCCUGUGCAGAUCGAGCCAGACACCUUCUACACAGCCAGUGUGAUACUGGAUGGCAAUGAACUCAGCUACUUUGGACAAGAAGGCAUGACGGAAGUUCAGUGUGGCAAAGUGACUGUCCAGUUUCAAUGCUCCUCAGAUAGCACAAAUGGCACUGGGGUACAGGGAGGGCAGAUCCCUGAACUUAUAUUCUAUGCUUAAAGCUUCACUUCCCCAAGCAGUGUGAGCUCGGGUGCACAUCUGGCCCCUCUUUGCUUGAUGCUUAGCUCAUCUGCAGAUAUGUGAUCAGUGCAGGUAAUUUGUUAUGAAUGAAGCGGUAGGCAGUUUCUAAUUUCUUUUACCCUUUUUAAUUAUGUACAGGCUAAAAUGCAGCAUUCCGCUUUUAACUAUAUGCUUAAAAGAGCCAAGUUCUUACUAAGGCUUUGUGGUUUUCAGAGUUGCGUCUAUACACCUGGGGAGAUUAUGCUCUCUGAGAUGCCCCACCAACCUCCCAGUUUCAUGUCUCUAAAGAAAAUUUUGGAUCACCUCAAAUUUCCUUUUGGAUUUUAUUUGAUGAAUGGAAAUAGUCUAAAAUAAUAACAAUCAAGAGUUAUUUUUAAACAAAGCCCACCCCCCCAAAAAAAAACCAGAUAAACCUCAUUGUACAAUUUUGAGAGAAAUUUUACUUUAUAAUAAGUAAUAAUUUAGAAUGUAGAAAGUAUUCAUGUUUGGCUCUUACAUUUUUUUCUUUUAAAGUUGUURCUUCUCGCUUUGCUUUUUUAAUCCUAAACCAAUAAGAUUAUUAUACAUUAACUCAAAAUGGCAGUGUAAAAUAAGAAACUAAGGAAUUAAGUCUUGUUUUAUAGGCAAAGGAGACUUAUAUUCUUUUAAGAAGACAAGGUAACACAAUAUGAACACUUCUUUUGGAAGUAAUGAAAUUAUAAAAGUUUAUUGUCAAUAGAAAAAAAAUUGCAGGCCUGCUAAUUUACAGUAAAGGUUUUAAAAGAGAACCUAAAAAAUCCCAUACUGCAAAUACUUUAAUUGAUAAUGCGUUUGAAAAAGGCACUCUUUUCUUGCCACAUAGCUUUGGGUUCCUAUCAUUUGCUUGUUUUUAUAAAUCGUACUGUAUAGAAUUCCUGAUCCCUUUUCCCCCAUUUAAAAGAGGACCAAACAUUUCUUUAGAGGAAUGGAGUAACGACUGGUUUUGUAGCACUACAUUGUUAAUGUCAUAAAAUACUUUUGUUUGUUGUUGUUUUUUUUUAAUCUGAAAUAUACUUUAUCUAAUCUUUGACCAUAUGCUAUUUUAUUUGUUGAUUAUAGUUCUGUUCUCAUUCUGGACUGCUAGAAUCUGGCCUCUGGCCACCUUAAAGUGCCAAUAUAUGCCUGCAGGGUUUUCAAAAAUUGGUUGGAGUAACAGAGUUUGUUGUCCCUGAAUUCACUGCAUCAGCAGCACAUCUGGCUCUCUUAUUUGUCUAUGGCUAAUGUAAGCAGAGGAGGAAAAGCUCAUUAAAAAAUUCUCCUUCAGUGAUGGCUUUUGUUGGUUUGGUGCCUGUGACCCUAGCAGUGCCCAGUGUGAUCACUGCCAGUUGAAGAAUCCAUGUGUUUUUGGGCAGCUUUUCUGCUCAGUGUGAUCCUGAGAUGGCUUCUCCGCCACCUAGAGUGUGGUCCCUUGGCCGCCUCCUUCUCCUGCUCUGCAAGCCUGAAACUGGCUUGUCUGGGGCCAGGAGUUAGUCCUGGGGUGUGUGUGUGCUUGUGAGCCCAUGUGCCCAUGCGCAUGCAAGUGCGAUUGCCGACUCAGGAAUUCCCUCCUCCCUGCCUGGUUAGUGAGAGGUGGGACACAAUGGUCCCCCUGCUGUCCCCAGCCAGGCCCAAUGAGUGACUGCCCUUGCUUAUUCACUGUGCUUCUGGGCUGCUUUUUUUCUCUGUAGAUGUGGGCCUGUCGCCUUUGGCGAGUGUCCCUGAUGGAGGAGAACACUGGAUUAUGGGAACUGUUUUAAUCACUUUUGCCAUUUACCUACGUCUGUUAGCAUAGCUGACUGAAAGUUGUUACUGGUGACUAUAGAUGAAUACUGCCAGAACAGCUUUCUAGAAUUAUCUAACAGUUAUUUCUUAUUAUGGACAUGACAGGUUGUAGUUUUGGCAAAACAUUAAUGAAAUAAAGAUAAAUUUUCACUUAAAAAUACUUGUGCAAAGGAUUCUAUAGUAAAAUUAUGGUUAAACAUUUCAGUAACUCAUAACUAUCAUGCAAAAUGGUCAAACUGGUUAGAAGGCACUUGAUGUGAAGCCAGAGGAGAAGAAAUGUUACUCGGCACUAAUUUCAUAGUUGAGAGGGUGAGUGUGAUGGACUGCCUGAGAGUGGGGUCAUUCCUUCACUGCUCUGUCAGCACUCCUGUUACAUGAGUUGCCCUCUGCACAGCUAGGCUGCCGAAAGCCACAUGAGAUGCUGUACGCUGGGUAUAAAUAUAGAAGAACUUAAUUUUCUGUCAAUUAAAAGAAAAAUAAAAAGAAAAAAAACCCACUUUCACCAUCUGAUUGGCCUGUGGAUAAAAUUUGAAAAUUGUAUUUAGAAUAAAAAAUUAUAUAUUUUAGACCAAGUCUCCUUUCUGCAUUUCAACAAAAUGGAAUGAAAGCUAAUGUGCUUGCUUUGUUUUCUUUGGUAAUUUUGAAUUUUGUAGCUUUUAAAAUUAGAAACCAUUGUUCUGACAAGGCAGGCAACUCUAGUGUAUAAACACAACUUUAUUAAACAGAGUACGCUGUAGAUGCUUUUCCCAAUGUAUCUGGCAGUCUUUGUCAUUGUUCAUACUGGGGAUAAAGGGUAACUAGGCUAGCAGUUCUAAUGUAACAUUCUUUAAGCAUAUCUUAAAAUAAUAUUUAAGUAAAUGGUCUAAUUUCUACAUAAUUAUUGCACUGAACUGUCUUUUUUGUUUUUUUUUUUUUUAAGGUGUUUAAUAAGCUCAGCUAACUCAAGACACUGUAGCAACUUAUGCAUCAGUGCUUGACUUUAGCAGCUUACAACAUUAUUUAUGAAGGAAAAAUAUAUAAAUAUGAAGUACCUCAUGUUGAAUGUUAUUGUACUGUAUUUUUAAUGUAACAGUGCAGAUCUUGUUAGACACAUGAAUGUGUAUACUCAUGUUAAAUGCAAAUAAAA